AUGUCUGAGUCCGGCGGCAUGCCGCCCCAGCGCCACUGCCUGCACCACGGCCCCCAGAAAGUCCGCCGCCGCCGCGUCCUCCUCUGCCUCGCCUUCGCAGUCCUCGUCCUGCUCCUCCUCGCCGCGGCGGUCGCCAUCGUCCUGCUCGCGGUCCUCCGCCCGCGGGACCCCGUCACGGAGCUCCUCUCGGUCAACGCCACGGGCGUCCUCCCCGGCGUCGUCCCGCUCCCCACCGUCUCCGUGCAGCUCAACGUCACCUUCCUCCUCGUGGUCCGCGUGCGGAACCCGAACCCGGCCGCGUUCCGCCACGGCCCCGCCACCACGUCGCUCUACUACCGCGGCGCGGCCGUGGGCUACGGCGAGGUCCCCGCGGGGACCGUGCCGAGCCGGGGCGCGGCCACCGUGCGGAUGAACAUGACGGUGCAGGCCGACCGGGUCGUCGCGGCAGCCGGGAUCGGGGGCCUCGUCGCGGACGUGCUCGCUGGCGAGAUGGAGUUCGAGGCGAGGACCGAGGUGCCGGGCACGGUCGUGCUCCUCGGGUUCGUGAAGCGCGGCGUCGAGGCCAGGUCGGUGUGCCGCGUCGUCAUCGGCGUCGCCGACGUCAAAGUUCGGCGUCAGGAGUGCCACAACGAGGCCAAGCUGUGA